UCAAACAGCAUGCGCUACAGAUUGAUUCAGGUUGUUUUCGGUUUCUGAUUGGUUGUUAUACACGUAAUUAGCUCGUGAUUAGAGGCUACUUGUCACGAGCGACACGGGCAAGGAUAAAUUUCCUACGGCUGUGAUUUAGGAAGAUGAUCGUUUCACAGCCAUUUAGCCGUUUCUUAGGUGGGGAAAAUUGCAUUGGUCCUCUAAAGAAUUGAAUGGUAUGAUAGUAGCAAACCCUUUUAUGGGAUCUUAACUUGCUUGGAGUAUCAGUUUAGUCGACAUUGAACAAGCACGUUUAUACUUCUGGUGACUCUGGUGGAAUUCCGUCGAAAAAUGUCCGAGCCCACGGACUUCAUCAGAUACGAACUUGAUCGAUAACAUCGCUUGCCACUCUUCGUUCGUGCGUCUUUCGUCAAUUUCGCUAAGCUAAUUUUGCUUUGAAUUCGCCAAUAUCGUCAAAACCAUGAGGCAUUCACUCAGUCUUACGAAAUUUCCUCAAAUCUGCCAAUUUCGUUACUGCGUACAUUUCUGGACACAAGUGAACUUUCUAGGACUAGUUCAGAUCGAAAAAGCCAUUUGGAAACCUCUCUGGCACGUCAGCGAGGGUUUACAAAAGCUUCAGAUGUUUCUCUCAUUCAGUUGUCAUGAUAAAUGACGAAUGAUCGAUCACGGUACAACCCACACAGUCUGUUUCAUGAGCCUUUACAGUGAUCUAUUGACGCCAGAAAAUGAUCCACCUUCUCUUGCCAAGAAUUCAUAACAAGAUAGCUUUAAUCUCUCGCUCGACAUCGCAUUCUGGGCAUCUUUGAACACCCAGCAUUCACCUUGAACUGUAGUGCAGCCUGUUGCACAUGCAGAUAAAGAUAAAAGAAAAUAUUAAGUAAUCAUAAAAAUCUCCAAGUUUUAGGUCAAAUGAUCUAAGCAGAUAGAUCUAAAGAGGUCGCGGAUUUUCUAACUGUAAAACAACACCUUGAAAUAACUCUGUCUAUCUGUUUGUCGGCACAGGAAUACGCGUGGAUGGUAGCCAACUCUUUUUCUCACUCUCACCAAACUAGCUCACAAGAAGAAAACUCUAUUUGCUCUCGCCCUGUUUCUUGGGUACAGAGAUUAAUAGAAACUAUUUAAUUUUGGUCAUAGAGAGACGAGGCCAAAUAUAUUUGAUAAGGGUUUCUCCUUUAAGACAGUUAAGGGCGUAUUCGCGGUUGCAUUUGCGUGAUAACAUAGAAGUAUCCUAACAGAAAUGUUUUCUGUGAUAAUCGUGUCAAGUGGUUCUAUGACUAUUCAAGUAUGUCUAGACAAAAUUGGUUUGUAAUGCUUUCCACAGUAAAUGUAUUAUUACUGCCAAGUUGCUGUUUUGGUAUACAAUAAACAUUCUUUACAUUGUGGCAGGAUACUUUACCAUUAAAAUGUUGAAUUUAGGAAUAAACAGAGGUUGAGUGUUGGCUAAUGAAGGCGUCGAAUAGACCCUAAAAAUAAUCUUUGAUUAUUGCUAGUAUUAGCCAAUUUGCACUUUUGGAGUACGACAAACAUUCUUUACAUUGUGGCAACAUACAAUUCAUCCUUCAAAUCUUUUCUUCACACGGGCAUCUUAUCCAAAUGGUUAAGUUGAAAACAGACCACGAGCUUCCCUCCACUGAUCUUGGUCUGUCGCGCGUGUCGCGAAAGGACGGGAGAGAAGAGGAAUGGACGCUCGCGGGAAGGCGAGCAGUCGCUCUUCGCGUCACGCUCGAGAGACUAGAAAAAAAGGGCCGUUUCGUAGAUAGCCUCCAACGAGGGUGAUUCAAGUGGAAGAGAUAAAGAACACAGUUUCGAUCUGGUGGGUUUCUGUUGUGGAAUCUCAUCAAUUCUGAGAAUGAAUUCCAGCACUACUUGACCUGAAACAUUCUAGCAUCAGUCAGCUGAAACAGCAUUCUGAUGUAAGGGGAUAUACCAUAAUGACAAGAGGGUUGACUCUGUAUACAACGAUUGACUGAUUUAAUUAGCACUGGUUGUUGGCCUUUCAAAUCUGUGAACAUUCUUUAAACAGUCGUGUGGCAGAUGACAUCCCUCAGCGCGUGAAAGAAUUUCAUCGUAAGCGCCGCCUCGCCUCGUGACAAAUUACCUUCUAAAGAUCUUCGCGACGGUUCGAUUCUGRCUGAGAAAUGUUCUCGGCCCAGACAAGACAUUGAAUUUAAUCACAUAUCUGAUAAAAAGGUACAAUAACAGCUGGAGUUUAUGURCAUUCUAACUAAAGAAAUUUGCAGCRAAAAGUUGCGUUARCUUUAUCUUAMUGGGUUACCRACUGGAAUGUUCUGUGUGUGACAAUGCAGUGAAUUAACAUCCAAUUUGGAUCCCAUCAGAUUGGGCUCGGUAAAAUUAAAUUUAGAAUAGAGCCUUAUCAAUUUGCCACACAUUACUGGAAAUGAUAUUCCCAAAUAUAGGACAUAUAUAAUGGCUGUAAAUUACAAUUCAUAUUUGCUCUUUUUCAAUCUUGGCUAAUGGAAAUAUGUUUUGAUCUGGCUGCCCGCGAAUCACGGAACCUGAAAUUUUGAACCACAACGACAAAAUUUUUGGUUAAAAAUGGUAAGUCCUCAGUGAGAUAUGUUACAGGAAAUUUUCUUUACUGAUUUUAAUUUGAAGUCGAUGUAGAGUACAGAAGGAAUAGAAAAAGCUGGCAUAAAUAAGUUGUCGCCCGAAAAGUCCAUAAAAAAUUGUGUCGAAUUAUAUUAUGCUCAGCAAUAAGGUGAGUUGACAUGUUUAUCUAAAAUAUUAUUAAUUUAUCGUAUGAUGAUGUUAUUUGCCUGUUUCCAAUGAUUCGACGUUAUGUUUCAUACGUACAUUGUGUUUAAGUCUACCAUGAGUAGCCUCAAUGUUUUCUAAUUUUUUUCCUAUCGUUUUUUUUUUAAUUUUCGACACCUUUCCAUAAUUUUUCCGAUUUAAAUUAGCUUAAUUUAACAGACUUUUUUUUAUAAUAUGAAAAGACUUGUAGAGGCGAGUACAAUCUUUGAGGUGACAAGUAGACAAUUCUUGCCAAAUAACAUUUACUGAAAUGGGUAAUUUUUUUUGGAAAGCUUUUGUGCAGUCCAAUACUGUAAAUUUGAUCAGUUAGUUUUUGUGUGAAUUGUAUUCAAUAACUUUGCUAUUACAUAUUUCUCCUUUUGUUAUCGCAUUUUCACUCAAACAUUGUUUUGAAAUGGAAAACAACCGAUGCCUUUCAACAAGCUGUGCUACAAAUUUAUUUGAAAUCAGAGCUAGGUACCUGAGAGACAAAGGUCAGAAAAACAACAUUUGAAGUGUCGUGCCAGAGACUUCGUAAAUGUAUAGAUGAAAACCUCGGGAAGUUACAAUAGGGGGGGAUUCGCGGCCAAAGAAAAAAGAAAUUUAUUGCGAGAAUUUUUGAUUCACUUCAUUUGCUAAACUAGAGGUUGCCAUCAGUUGUUCAGCUUCCCGGCUUUUCAAUUUUUGCAUAAUAAUGCAAGAGUAUUUCAAAACCUUUUACAUCCCCACGAAACAUUUUAUAAUCGAAAAACUUUACAAUACAAUGAUUAUAUUUUAAAAUCGAUUUCUAACAGUUUUUCGGCAAGCUUUGUAGUCUGAAUUUGUUUAGAUGGGCGAUGGAAAAAAGGUCCUUAAAUUGAAUUUCUAGGAAUUUGUUUUAAUAUUGGUCUUCCUUUGAUCAGUUCAUGCUAGUGAAUUUACAUCUUUUGAAUCAAGGCAGAGCACAUUAAAAUUAAAACCUUUUAAAAUCUCGCCGCUGCUAGGCGACAAAUCCGUUUUUUACGUAUGCUCACAAACUAAGCCGGUUAUUUUUGAAAUAGUGUUAUGGCUAUUGAAUUUAAUCGUGCGCGCUAAUUUUUUUCCCUCGAAUAUAAUUCGCUGAUCAGUUUAGCGAAAGCUCCUAAUCUCACACGGACUUUUAAUCUGAUCGGAUCCGCAGAUUUUCAGAGUGUCAAAAACCAGGUAAGGCCAGUCGGUAAUUGAUGCUUCCGUAAUUUUCGAUUCAAACUUUGUUUCUGUGUGUUCCCGACGGUUCAGGCAUAACAAAAUGGCUUUCCGAGCAUCUCUCGCGAAAACUAAAAGAAGCGAUUUAAGAACAGCAAUCUUAUUGGUGUUGUUUUUCAUUAGGACAAGUUCGACCUAAGGUUUUUAAUGAAACGAGAAAACGAACUGAUAAGGAAAUCAGUACGAAUCAACUAUAGAGUAAAUUGGUCAUAUUGGGUUGCCUUAAUGAAGCCAAAAUGAAGGAACAGACUCCUUCAAUAACAAUCAAUAUCAAACGCAUGCCAUGGGGCAAAAAUCACUUCUUAUCAUCUAGACGGCAAAAGCCGUAAAGAGAAUGUUUUACUAAAUUAUCGUAUGUUCAAAAGCAAUAAAUAAGUCAAAGGACUUUCUGAUAACAGCGACCGCGCGCUCAAUCCUCGAUUGUACCCAGGGGAUCUGUUUUGCAAUAACAGCAUUUAAAACUAUCAUAUACUUUUGGUUGACUUAUAUAUUAAGGCGUUUCCUUUGGUUAAGUUUUGUUUUGGUGCAUUUAAAGUUAAGCCGAUAUAUUUUACGACACUCCACCGCGCAAACGAUAUUCGACGAUUUGAGUGCAAAACCCCCCGCUGUUGUUUUGGUAUUACAAUAUUGCUUCACUGGCCAUUGCAAUCAAAAGACGUUUUGGAAAGGUUUUUUGUGAAUGUCCGAUUACCUCAAACAAUGGACUGUCACGUUGCUGUUCAAUCACGAUCUUUCUAUCAAAAUACAGAGAAAAGGCAAUCAAAAAAUCCGUCGAGCAUUACAUUUUUCUGUUGUCGUCGAGAGUAUAAAAUUACAAUUGACCUCGCCGCAUUCGAUCGAACGGGACCGUGUUGACAACAACGUUAUCGUUUUACUAUGAAAAGAAGCGUGAAGACACGAAAUGUUUGUAAUUAUAACCUGAUAGAAGAAAACUUUGCACCCAACAAAGAGGUCUUUGACACCAAGCGUCGAGCUACCUGAAUUGCUUGUUUGUCUUUCACAUUGAUUGCACACAGAACGCGAAGUAAAGUGAAUAAUCAAUGUGGAAUUAUGUGCUUAAGUUCUGUUGUGUCAUGAUUGCAAUGGUCUGCGCAUUGAUGGUAACAACGGAUGUGCGAUAGGCAGCUAGUGAAACUUGUCAGAUACAGUGAUGAUGUUUCAAACAGCGCGAUUGCAAUAUCAGAUGUUCUGCUGUAGGUUAGAACGCGCCAGUGUUUAGAGCGAAUUUUGACAAGCCGGUUGCUUUUCAGAUGCGCCACUUUAGAAUGUGAAGGUGGCCUAUUGACAAAAGCAAUACAUACUGAUUGGAUAGUUGGAGCUAUCGCUAAUAAUUACGGCCCAGAUGCCUUGGUAGAUAGAGUGACACGUGACUGACACCGCAAACAAUCAAGAAAACCAUUAGAAGCAAGCCGAAAGUCGGUUGACAAAACAGCCCAACAACAUUGCGGACUUUUGGCAAAAUUAUGUAUGGCUUUGUACACUGCGCUCUUGCAGACUUGGUUAUCAGCAAGUUUGGCGAAGAUGUGUGGCGAUCGAUCAUCGAGAAAGCUGGCGUUGAGCUCGACGGCGGCUCGUACCUUAUUCACAAAGUUUACGACGACGAGGAAACAUUGAGCCUAGUUGGUGCGGCCUGCGAAACUUUAGGUCUUGCUUUAAACGAUGUUUUGGAGGCAUUCGGCGCUCACUUUUUGGACUACUGUGUACAGUCUGGCUAUGAUCGCAUUCUGAAAGUUCUGGGCAGAAAUCUGCGAGACUUUUUGUGCAAUCUGGAUGCGCUGCAUGACCAUCUAGCCACGAUCUAUCCUGGAAUGGAGGCACCCUCCUUUCGCUGUACAGAGACAUCUGACGGAACGUUACUGCUCCACUACUACUCACGAAGACAGGGUUUAGAGCAUAUUGUGAUCGGAAUCGUGAAAGCUGUUGCUAAGGAGAUGCUGAAUACCGAGGUUGAAGUUACGGUAAAACAAGCGCGUUCAGACGAUCUCGGGCAUGUUGUGUUUUCAAUAAGAGAGACAGGUUGUAAAAAUGCAACCCAUUCCAAACUCGGCCUACAAACAUUUGAUUUAAACACCCUUCCGGGCCAACAGGCUGUACAGCUGUCGGAUAGUGAACACAAAACUGCAAAGAAACAGCGCGGACGUAUAAAUCUGUUAUCGUUUUGCAAAGCGUUUCCAUUUCACGUGAUGUUCGACAGAAAGCUGAACAUCACGCAAACAGGGGUGGCAAUGAUGCGACUCUUAAACAAACGGCUUACCACUGGUCACCCCUUUCCUUUCAAGGACGCGUUCGAAUUGGUCCGACCGCGAAUGGAAUUUACGUUCGAUACCGUGUUGUCGCACAUCAACACAGUUUUUAUUGUCUCAGCAAAACAGUCCGUUCUGAGACUUACCCACCCGUUGCCCAGCGAGAACGAUGUUUCAGACGGCCGGAGAAUGAGUGUGGCCAAUCCAACACUGCGCCUCAAGGGUCAAAUGAUAUAUAUACCUAAGAUCGAUAGUGUGCUAUUUCUGUGUUCCCCUCGGGCGAGCAACCUAGAGAGUUUUAAACAAAUGGGUAUUUACUUCAGUGACAUUCCCGUCCACGAUGCUACGCGCGAUCUUAUCUUCAUGUCGCAAGCAAGGAGAGCUGAGCGAGAAUUGGUGGAAAAGCUGGAAGAAACUAGCAACGACCUAAGGAAAGUUGAAAGCAAACUCACGGAAAACAAGAAGCAAACGGACGAGUUGCUGCACUCUAUUUUGCCCCAAGAAGUCGCGGCUAAACUGCGUUUGAAUCAGCCGGUUCCAGCAGAAAACUACAAGCUUGUCACAAUUCUUUUCAGUGACAUUGUCGGCUUUACAGCGCUGUGUUCCGACGACAAAAUUGUACCCAUGGACAUUGUACGGAUGUUGAAUAAACUCUACACCUACUUCGAUAUGUUAAGCGGGAUGAACGACGUCUACAAGGUGGAGACGAUCGGUGACGCUUACAUGGUAGUGGGUGGUUUACCAAAGCCAUGUGACAAUCAUGCAGAGAGAGUAGCUCACAUGGCGUGCUCAAUGAUGGAAGCUUCUGAAAAGGUUCUCUCACCAGUCGACAAGACGCCUCUCAAGAUUCGUAUUGGAAUUCACAGCGGUUCUGUAAUGGCGGGUGUUGUAGGCAAGAUGAUGCCUCGCUACUGCUUGUUUGGAAACACUGUUACUCUGGCGAACAAAAUGGAGUCGGGCAGUAAACCAGGCUUCAUCAACGUCAGCUACGAGACCAAACGUUACCUUCGAGGGUCUACGGAAUUUGAGUUCACGCCGAACACAGAGAUUCCCAAUCCAUUGCCAUGCUUCUUCUUAAACAAGAGCAAGAACGCAAGACAGCAGCCUUCCAUUAUGGACAUCGCAGCCUCCGUGGCCCCCAACAGCAUCUGCAUGUUCAGAUCACCGAUGUCUUCCCCGAGCCAUUCCCCCUCGACGAAGCGACGAAGCGAAACGGGGCCAGCGGCUUACCGUCAUAAUGCACCGGACGGUCUGCCUGUACGGAGAGUAAGCGCCGUGGACAUUUCGUCCGUCAACGAGAAGCUGGAAGACUUGACGAACGGCAAAGAGAACAACAAUAAGGCUCCCAUGCGACGAAGAACCACAGUGGCAAGCAUGUGUCCCAUGUACAAAACAAACAGUUUCAAGAGGGAUGAGAGUUUUGACGAGGACGAGGACGAUGACGAUGACGAAGAAAUUGAAAAGGACGAAGGGAAAGAAAUCAACGGCGACGCCUCCCUGAUAGGAAUGGAUGAAGAAUCCUUGUCGGAACUCGUGGAGCUCAGCCAGCAGAUUGAGGCCAAUUUAGAAAUGACUUAGUCAGGAAAACAAGUGUUCAAUCCCUCGUGAGACCUCAUAAAGGGGCACCGUAUAUAAGGGGCCUCGUACCACUCUGAUGUAGCGUUCCUGCGCAGCAGGUACCGCAACGAAAUGCUCCCUUCUGGAAGGUACCCUAUCAGUGGAGAUCACAAUGUAAGAUCGAGAAAACGACCCCGUUAUCUCGAAGAAGAGGACUGGAUGUAAAUAGAGUUCUGCGGCACUGAUCAACAAGAAACUGAAAUUUUAGAGUCCUUCAAAACUGAUUAUUGUCGUGAAAUACCAAAGAAAAUUCAGGAACAAAAUCAUUUAAUUAAUGUCCAUUGCUGAAACAAAUUGCCGUCGAAUUGAUUGCGAUAUAUUCAACCUGGAAAGUUGCUAAAAGCACAAGAAAAUGAAAUGUUAGCUGAAUUUUUUCCCUUUUUACUCAUCACGCCCAGAGUUUUAGUCAUCGUGUUUUGGGCGUCAAGCAAAUUCGGUCAAUAGAAAGAACGACGUCAUAAGAUGGCGUCGUGAUAAUUUCGCAAAUUUUUAUGUUUAAACCUAACUUUCAGCUAUUUAAAAGCAAUUUGUUUCAGCAGUAGAUAAGUGUGUUUGUGAUUUCUUGUCAGGUUCAAAACGACUGAUAUAUUCUUUGAAAGUUCAAGUCUUCAAUCAUGACAUAGGACCUAGCAAUGAAACAUAACAUAGCAAUGUAUAUGUUGUUAUUAUAUUUACUUGUUAUCAAAGUUAUUUUGUACAAUAAGUCAAAUUAUUCUCGAUUUUGACCACAGCAGACGUCAAAAUGUGGUGAGAACAUUAGUGACACAACCAGCUAUCGCCUCUUGAACCGCUUUUUUGUUCUUCCCACAUUUUGACCUCAUCUAUCGUCAAUUACUGAACAGAUGCGUGGCAGCAUGGAAUCUAUUUGUUAAAGUGACGAAAGACUUGUAUCUUUCAAUAUUGGAGCAACACUGUACAUAGCGUUUCGACUUUUCUGACGUCAUAUGACGACAUAUGACGUCAUGUCGCUAAGCGACGCUUAUCUAUUAAGCUUCCGUUUUGGGAGAAAGGCCUUUUAUGCUUUCAUCCCUCGAGCAACUCAAAGAACUUGAGAAUAUACUGAUAAUAUUUACAAGGAAAACAGUUUUAAAUAGGAUGUGUCCCAGGCCAGUCUGGUUCACACAUUGCGGUUUUAACGAGGAGUGAUCAAAAGAAAGUAGCUAGAAACAAAUUAUUUUGAGUGAUUAACAGACUGAGAAUAGUCUACAUUAUUGUAAACACGUUGAAAUAUAGAAGAAAUUAGAGGAGAUGAAUAUUUUAAGUCUUCUAAUAGCUUAGUAGUAGUUUGUAAACGAUAAAACGGAGUCUCCAUUGUUUCACAUCCUCGUCAUGUUAAUAUCACGAAAAUGUACAUACAUACUCAAAUAGGCGUCUUAAACUGUAUGCAGCAUUAAAUGGCGAAGACUAUAUUUUUAAUCACAGAAGAUUAGAUAUAAUAUAUACUAUCAUUUUUUUGGUCGCUAAAACGUAUGAUUCUCAACGUCCCUUCUAGGGAGAUUUUCGCACAGCGUGCAAAUUUAAGAUCUAUUUUACUAUGGUUAACAGAGAUUUAACGCAAGUGGACAUAAGGUUGAAAUAUCAGUCGUGUCCCGCCCUCAGAUAACUGACAUUUCAGGCUAAGUGGAUAUAUGUUACGGAGACAGAGAGCUAAUUAAACCAGCUCAGAUAUCCAUGUAGGCUAAAUCUAUGUAGUAAAUCUACUACUUUAUCUCCAUUAAAAUUGCAAGAUUGUAACGA